GUUCCGCGCGGGUCUCCCUCACGCGGCGGCGGCGGCGGUGCUGGUUCAAGCUGAUUUCUGCGGGCGCGGCGACGGCGGCGGCGACAUGGCGGAGACCGCAGCCGGAGCGAGCCGCUUCAAGGCCAACUAUGCUGUUGAGCGUAAGAUUGAACCUUUCUACAAGGGCGGAAAAGCACAGCUGGACCAGACCGGCCAGCACCUCUUCUGCAUCUGUGGUACCAGAGUCAAUGUCCUGGAGGUGGCCUCGGGGGCCGUGCUGCGGAGCCUGGAGCAGGAGGACCAAGAGGACAUCACGGCGUUUGAUCUCAGCCCCGACGAUGAGGUGCUGGUGACAGCCAGCCGGGCAUUGCUGCUGGCUCAGUGGGCCUGGCGAGAGGGCAGCGUUACCCGCUUGUGGAAAGCGAUACACACAUCUCCUGUGGCCACCAUGGCCUUUGACCCCACCUCCACACUGCUAGCCACAGGUGGCUGUGAUGGGGCCGUGCGCAUCUGGGACAUUGUGCAGCACUACGGGACACACCACUUUCGGGGCUCACAUGGUGUCGUGCAUCUGGUGGCCUUCCACCCGGACCCUGCCCGCCUGCUGCUCUUCUCUUCAGCUGCGGACGCUGCCAUCCGCAUGUGGUCACUGCAGGACAGGUCGUGCCUAGCUGUGCUGACUGCCCACUACAGUGUUGUCACCUCACUGGCCUUCAGUAUUGAUGGCCACACUAUGCUCAGCUCCGGCCGUGAUAAGAUCUGCAUUAUUUGGGAUCUUCGCAGCCACCAGGCCAUGAAGACUGUGCCGGUGUUUGAGAGUGUGGAGGCUGCUGUGCUGUUGCCAGAGGAACCGGCGCCUGAGCUGGGGGUGAAGUCUCCAGGCCUGCACUUCCUGACAGCUGGCGACCAAGGCACGCUACGUGUGUGGGAGGCGGCUUCCGGGCAGUGUGUGUACACGCAGCCUCAGCUGCCGGGCCCUGGGCGGGAGCUGACCCACUGCACCCUGGCUCGCGCUGCCGGCCUGCUCCUCAGCGUCACCGCUGACCACAAUCUGCUGCUUUAUGAGGCACGCUCGCUGCGGCUGCAGAAACAGUUCGCGGGCUACAGUGAGGAGGUCUUGGACGUCCGGUUCCUUGGGCCCGAGGACUCCCACGUCGUCGUGGCCUCCAACAGCCCCUGCCUAAAAGUGUUUGAGCUACAGACGUCCUCCUGCCAGAUCCUCCAUGGCCACACAGACAUCGUCCUGGCCCUGGAUGUGUUCCGGAAGGGGUGGCUCUUUGCCAGCUGUGCCAAGGAUCAGAGCAUCCGUAUCUGGAGGAUGAACAAGGCUGGCCAGGUGGCCUGUGUGGCUCAGGGCUCCGGGCACACACGCAGCGUGGGCACCGUCUGCUGCUCUAGGCUGAAGGAGUCCUUCGUGGUGACCGGCAGCCAAGACUGCACCGUGAAGCUGUGGCCCCUUCCUGGCACCCUGCUGGCUAAGAGCACAGCUCCAGACGGUGGCCCCAUCCUCCUGCAGGCCCAGACCACCCAGCGCUGCCAUGACAAGGACAUCAACAGUGUGGCUGUUGCCCCCAAUGACAAGCUGCUGGUCACAGGCUCACAGGACCGCACGGCCAAGCUGUGGGCCCUGCCACAGUGCCAGCUGCUGGGCGUCUUCUCAGGCCACCGCCGCGGCCUCUGGUGUGUCCAGUUCUCACCCAUGGACCAAGUGCUGGCCACAGCUUCAGCUGAUGGCACCAUCAAGCUUUGGGCACUACAGGACUUCAGCUGUCUCAAGACAUUCGAGGGGCACGAUGCUUCCGUGCUGAAGGUGGCCUUUGUGAGCCGAGGCACGCAGCUGCUGUCCAGCGGCUCUGAUGGGCUUGUGAAGCUCUGGACCAUCAAGAACAACGAGUGUGUGCGGACGCUGGAUGCCCACGAGGACAAGGUCUGGGGUCUGCACUGCAGCCGGCUGGAUGACCGUGCCCUUACCGGUGCCAGCGACUCCCGUGUCAUCCUCUGGAAGGACGUGACUGAGGCAGAGCAGGCAGAGGAACAGGCCAAGCAGGAGGAGCAGAUGGUCAAGCAGCAAGAACUGGACAACCUGCUCCACGAGAAGCGGUACCUGCGCGCUCUGGGCCUGGCCAUCUCGCUGGACCGGCCCCAUACUGUGCUGACCGUCAUCCAGGCCAUCCGGAGGGACCCUGAGGCCUGCGAGAAGCUGGAAGCCACUGUGCUCCGCCUGCGGCGAGACCAGAAAGAGGCCCUGCUGCGCUUCUGUGUCACGUGGAACACCAACUCCCGGCACUGCCACGAAGCCCAGGCCGUGCUGAGCGUGCUCCUUCGGCACGAGGCCCCGGAGGAGCUGCUGGCCUACAAGGGUGUGCGGACAGCGCUUGAGGCCCUGCUGCCCUACACUGAGCGGCACUUUCAGCGGCUCAGCCGGGCACUGCAGGCAGCCACCUUCCUGGACUUCCUGUGGCACAACAUGAAGCUGCCCACUCUCCCUGCAGCCCCCCAGCCCUCGGAAACAUAAAGGCGUACUUUCCUAUCC